CGGGCGGCGCAGGAGCGGCGGGGGCCGCCAUUUUGUCUGUCGGCGGCUGGAGGCCGGACGGCGCCGCGGGGCCGCGUUUCCGGGUGCGGCGGGAGGAGGCCGCGGGCGGCCGGCAUGAGUGACCGGGCUUGUCCCCACCUCUGAGCCACCGGAGCGGGGCCACGAUGCCGAUCCCGCCGCCGCCGCCGCCCGGGCCCCCGCCGCCUCCCACCUUCAGCCAGGCGAACACAGAGCCACCGAAACUGAGCCGAGAGGAGCAGCGGGGCCGCGGGGCCCUCCUGCAGGACAUCUGCAAAGGGACCAAGCUAAAGAAGGUGACACAGAUCAAUGACCGGAGCGCACCCAUCCUAGAGAAGCCUAAGGGCAGUGCUGGUGGUGGCUGCAGCUACAGCUCGAGCUCUGCCAUCCAGCCAAAGGGCGGCCUCUUCCAAGGCGGCGUUCCCAAGCUGAGACCCGUGGGAGCGAAGGACAGCUCAGACAGCUCGGGGAAGCAAACCCUGCAAGUCCCUGGCUCCAGAGCAGCCGCCCCCAGGCCCCCGGUCCCAGCCACCAACAACCGACCUCAAGACGAUGCCGACAACAACCGGGGCUCACCGCCGGAGCUGCCGCGCACGCAGAGGCCGUCGCUGCCGGACCUGUCCCGGCCCAACGCUGCCGGCAGCACCGGCAUGAAGCACAGCUCAUCCGCCCCCCCGCCCCCCCCACCGGGCCGCCGUGCUGCCGCCCCCCCGGCGCCCCCCCCAGCGCACAGCACCAAGGUCUCACCCUACAACCGGGAGAAGCCGCUGCCGCCCACCCCGGGACAGCGCCUGCCCGGCAGCAGGGACGGGCCCCCGGCCCCACCGCCCAUCAAACCGCCCCCCUCCCCAGUCAGCAUCCGGACUGGGGCAGGGGCUCAGGGCCAGUCCCUCGCCCCCCCGCCACCCCCUUAUCGACAGCCCCCCAGUGUCCCCAAUGGCCCUUCCAGCCCCGUCAAUGAAUCCGCCCCGGAGCUGCCGCAGAGACACAACUCCUUGCACAGGAAGGCGCCGGGCCCUUUGCGGGGUCUGGCACCGCUGCCACCUGCUGCAGCCUCCCCAUCUCUCCAGAGCAGUCGCCCCCCUCCUCCAGCCAGAGACCCCCCCAGCCGGGGAGCAGCUCCACCGCCCCCUCCGCCACUGCUGCGCAAUGGGGGCCGUGAUGCCCCCCCCCCUCCGCCCCCCUACAGACUGCACGGCUCCACCGAGCCCCCCAGCCGGGGGAAGCCACCGCCGCCCCCCACGAGGACACCGGCCGGGCCCCCCCCGCCGCCGCCACCGGUGCGCAACGGGCACCGGGACUCCAUCGCCACCGUCAGAGCAUUCCUGGAUGACUUUGAAUCCAAAUAUUCCUUUCAUCCCGUUGAAGACUUCCCAGCCCCAGAAGAAUAUAAAUACUUCCAGAGAAUCUACCCCAGCAAAACGAACAGAGCUACACGUGGGGCCCCCCCUCUGCCCCCCAUCCCCAGGUGAAAGCGGGCUGCACACACGGAUUGAUCCUGAGCAGACACACGGAGACCUCCUUCCCCUUCCUCGGCCGGACCCUCCCCACCUCCCUGCAUGAGAAACUCCCAGGACGAGCAGCUUCCGCCAGCCCAGCUCCCUCCAUCCUCAUCUAUGCAUCGCCCCCGGGACAAACGGGACCUUGCCUCCUCCCUCAUCGCAGAUCCCGGGUUCCUGGUACCCCGCUGCAGCUUGGGAGCCGGACACGAGGACUUGGGGCAGAGCCGGUUGGGACCAGGGGUAUCCCAGUGCCCGAUUCCCUGGGGCAGAGCAAGGGCUUGGAGAGGAGCUGGGAUAGGGCAGGAGCUGGAUGUGCUGCGGCAUCACCGGCAGAGCGAAGGGCAGCCGGGAUGUUGGGAUGGAGCUUCCUUACCCCGGCACAGCCGAUUGCUGUUUUGCACAGGAGCCAGUGGAGGAGCAGGGGGUGAGUGGG